AAAUUAUCCUCAUCUCAUUCGACUCCGCACGCGCCGGCGCCGCCGCGGCAGGGUCCUUUCCGCGAGGACUGCUGGACGGAGGAGGCGACGGCCACGCUCGUCGAUACCUGGGGACAGCGCUACCUCGAGCUCAACCGCGGCAACCUCCGCCAGAAGGAUUGGCAGGAGGUGGCCGAUGCGGUGAACGCGCUCCACGGCCACACGAAGAAGACGCACCGCACCGACGUGCAGUGUAAGAACCGGAUCGAUACUCUGAAGAAGAAGUACAAGACGGAGAGGACGAGGAUCGCUGAAUCCAACGGUGCCCUAGCCUCGUCCUGGCCGUUUUUCUCCACUCUCGAGCACUUGAUCGGGUCUAAUUUCAACAAGCACCAGCAGAGCAAGGUGAUUACGUCGCCUCAAUCUGCGCCGCAGCUGUCUCUGCCUGCUCCGCCGCUGGCUGUGCCGUUAUCCUAUCGCAAACCGAUGAAUCCUGCCGUGGUGACGCCGUUUAGUCUGCCGCAGAAGCGUCCAAUGACGUCGCCGGUCGUGGAUAAGUCGUUCUUCAGGAGAAAUUACUCGGCGAUGGCUGCUGCAGCGGCUGCACCUGACGAUGAGGCUGAUGAUGAUGAUGAUGAGUUGGAGGGUGAUGAAGUGGAGGGGAGCGAGGAUGAGGCUGAAGACGACGAACAGGUAGGGCAAGAAGGGAUGAGGAGACUGGCAAAGGCUAUAGAGAAUUUUGGGGAAAUUUUUGAGAAGGUAGAGGGUAAUAAGCUGAGGCAGAUGGUGGAGUUGGAGAAGCAAAGGAUGCAGUUUGCUAAAGAUUUGGAGGUUCAAAGGAUGCAAUUGUUUAUGGAUACACAGGUCCAGUUAGAGAAGGUCAAGCGAACUAAACGACCUGGAUCUUCUGAUGGUAUAACUGCUACUAUAUUGUGAUAUAAUCGUUUUUCU